AGAGCGACGCCGGCGCUGCCGCGGAGAGAGCCGGGGGUCGUGCAAAGCGGGGCUCGCGGGCGCCCUCUAGGCUGAAGCCAACAAGCCAAUGGGAGAGAUUUGGGGAUCCUUCCCAAAUUUUGGGCUUCCGAGGCAACGCUAACAUUUGCACCGCGAAGGUUUGGCUGGAAGGGAGUCAAGGUGGUCGCUGAAAACCAUGGAUUCCUUUUGAAAACCUGACAAGGCCGAGCAUUGUCCACACAGGCCAUGUCCACUACAGGCAUCGCGGCCCAGGAGGUCAACCUCUCUUUGAACCCGGGCUUUCUCCGUAAUGGAAGCCUGGAGGCCUGUUGCCGUCGCCACAACCAUCAGCUUGCAAAUCCGUUCUUCAGCGUGGACUCUGUCGCAGCGGCCUGCAACUUGAACCCAGGACAGCCUCCUUUGUCCUCCGUUGGCCAGGUCUCCGGUCCCGAUCCAGAUUGUGGUCCAAGCUGCAUCUGGAGAGCCAGCCCUUCUCUCCUUCGCCCCCCUGUCCCUUCCACCUCCGAAGAUGGCCUCGCUUCUGGCUUCGGUGGACUUUCUCUGACCAAGAACUGCAACCCUGAGGAGAUGCCUUCUCACAUUCCGGGGAAGAGUGGGCCACUCCUCUCCCUUCCCCUGUCUUCUGUGGAGCGAAGCGCCCGACCCCUGCCUCCUCUGCCCACUGCCGAAGGCUUCCUGCACGACGAGGUGGACCGGGAAGUUGAGUUCCUGACCUGUUCGGACACCGAUUUCUUGCUGGAAAACUGCCCUAGCCCUGGUUUUAAGCUUUCGGCCCAGGGUAGGCGAAGCUUCAGGGGCUGUGGCCAGAUUAACUAUGCCUACUUCGACGGUCCGGGAGAGGGGAAGCCUCAACAGGGCAGCGGCCCAGAGAGCGCCUGUCCUCCCCCGCCGCCUCCACAACAGUCCCAUCGGCGGUUGCGUCGUUCUCAUUCCGGCCCAGCUGGGUCCUUCCACAAGCCGUCAGUCAGGGUCUCCAGCCACGUCUGUCGCUCCUCUCCCAGCUCCGAUGACGAUAAACCCGAGGUUCCUCCCAGGGCACCUCUGCCACCCCGGCCACUCAAGCCCGAUUAUCGGAGGUGGUCAGCUGAAGUGACCACCAGCGCUUACAACAACGAGGAGAAACCGCCCAAGAUCCCUCCGCGAGAACCUCUGCCCUGGAGCCAUUCCCGAACGCCGAGUCCCAAAACGUUGCCGGCGUACCUCCACGGGGUCAUGCCUCCGACCCAGAGUUUUGCCCCGGAUCCGAAAUACGUCAGCAGCAAAGCUCUCCAGAGGCAGAACAGUGAAGGCUCUGCCCACAAGGUGCCCUGUAUCCUGCCCAUCAUCGAAAAUGGCAAGAAAGUCAGCUCCACUCACUACUAUCUUUUACCGGAGAGACCCCCCUAUUUGGACAAAUACGAGAUGUUCUUCCGGGAAGCUGAAGAGGGCAGCUUGAGGCCGGAGGAAGGGCAACGGGCAGCCCACGGGCCCGCCACGCUGGUCAAGUCUGACUUGGGAGGACUAGUAAAACGCAAACACUUGGCCUGCAUGGUUUCCCCGUAGGGAUCAAGGGUUAGAGCAACGCAGCAAGCGUUGAAAAGAUAUUUGAAUCCGAGAAUGACCAACUCUUUUCCAAGGGACUUGUGCAAAGACGUAACCUGGACGUAAAGGAAGCUGGAGCCUCCUGGACAGACGGCAACGGUAGCAACAUCCUGGUUCAAUUUGCCGACACCCAUUUCCCCGGGGCAGGACAAAACGUGGAGGAGAACAAGCCUACCCAACUCAAGUUGGCCAGUUAUUGAAUAUUCUAGAGCAGGGGUCUCCAAGUGUUCCUGCUUUGCAGGCUGGAGUGUGGUGAGGAAGCACAGCUCCAUUUGUCCGAGCGGCGGGCACGUCGUGUCCGCCCCUUGCACAGAUGGAGCUGCGUGCGUACGCUCGCCCUGCCGCUCGGUUUUGAACCCGUAGUGGGCUGUGGCCCAGGGGUUGGUGACCCCUGCUCUAGAGUAAUAUAUACAUAUAUGUAGAAACUCACCUACGAAGAGCGAUGGAAUGGUAGUCUUGCUAAGGAGACCGCUGGCUUUGGCUGCAAGCCCAGAAGAAAGCAAAUUCAGUAUUUUCGUGGGUGUUAGUAGACGUUUUUUUUUCCACUUCGGGGUGUCGGUAGCCUUUAAAAUUAUUUCUGUCCCUGGAUGUUCUGUUCUCUGCUUGGGAAGGGUGAUGGAGCUCUCCCAGGCUGAUGUUCUCUCCAGGGAGGAAAAACACGGCCAUGGGCAGAGUUAGUCACCCACUUGCCUGUCCCUCGGCCCGUCCUUUCUUUGGCAGCCAUCGUCAUCAUGAGCUGUGAGAAAAAUUCAUUUUAUUUCUCUACAUCCGCAGUCUCCAACCUUCCUAGUUUGGUGGCCCGGCCGGAGAGGGGAUUUUUUUUUUUUUUGCCUUGAGUGCACACUAACUUUAUUUGGGCUUGGCGCAAAUGGACCUUUGCGCCUGAGCCAAGCGCUCGCUGUUCGUGCAAGUGAAGCUGCGCGCGCGAGCGCCCGUCACCCACGCAAUUAAAGCCCCGCAUGUGCAGGCACCCGCCCGCCACUGAUGCGGCCCGGUUUUAAACGGGCCACAGGCCAGGGAUUGUGGAUCUGGGUGUCCAACUGCUGGCCCACGGGCUGGGUGCAUCAUAGCAAAACCGUGCCCACCCCAUUGCUGGCAAUGGCAAAAAGAAGUCGCGAUAUGUCGCGACACGUCACGUGAUGUUGCAAGUUUGACACCCCUGCUCUAGAUGCACGGCUCUGUGUUUCUGCAGCCGGAGAGGGCAUUGUGUGACCCACACGUCAGCAAAAAGUUGCGUUCCAACUAAGACACUAUGUUUGCUUGAAAAGAGGACCAAUUGUGUAAGGGACCCAAUUGUGGGUCCCGAAUCUUGGGAACGAAGCCUGCUGGGUCCCAGGGCCUUUGAAUCUCAUUUCUGAUCCACGGAGGGUCUCAUUCCGUGGAUGAGUUGUUCAUUUUCACACACUCACACGCACACUUUAUAAAUAAGCAGAAGGCGAGAAGGUGCUCUCCGACCAAGGACUGUCCGUAGCCUUUGUAUUAACACAACCCCAUUGUUUACACUUACCCAACCGCUAAAAUGGGAACAUGUUUUGUUUUUUUUCCCUGACAUUUUAGGCAAGCUGACCAUUCUAGGACAAACGAAAUGAAGGCAACCUUAAUAACAGAAACAAUGCACUGAAAAACUUAUGUAGGGGAUGUACAGUAUUGAGGAAUUGUGUACCAGUUGUGUUUUGGAUAUAUUGUCACGUCUUGGAUUUAAUAAAGUUACGACAUACUUAUUUAUGGUAACAGA